GGUGAAAUAAUAAAAAAUUGAUCAUGCAUAAAUGCUUGUUUUUCUGAUACAGGAUGGCUACUUUGCUCAGCAAAUUUCGGAUAGACUUCUCGGACAUUAUGGUACUUGGGGAUAUUAAUACUAAGCCAAAGAAAGAAAAUAUUGCAGCUUUUGAAGAAAUGAUAGAGCCCUUCCGACUUCAUGAAGAUGAUAAAGAACAAGAAGUUGCAGAUAAAAUGAAGGAGGAUGAACCAUGGAGGAUAACAGAUAAUGAACUUGAGCUUUACAAAACAAAGACUUAUCGCCAGAUUAGGCUAAAUGAGUUGCUGAAAGAACAUUCAAGUACAGCUAACAUAAUUGUCAUGAGUUUGCCAGUUGCACGAAAAGGUGCAGUUUCUAGUGCACUAUACAUGGCCUGGUUAGAAGCUCUUUCUAAAGAUCUGCCACCAAUUCUCCUUGUUCGUGGGAAUCAUCAGAGUGUUCUUACCUUCUAUUCCUAAGAGUACUGCACAUGGGACAGCGAUGACGAAAUGGUACUUCAGUGCCCAGAGCAGAGUGACUGACAUGGUCUAUAGUUUAUUAACAUCACAAAGGCAAAAAGUGACUCUUCUUUCACUAUUUCACUGACUUGAAAGCACACAAGGAAAGUCACUGUAUUUCUAAAGUUGUGACAUCUUCAGUUUUAUUCUAUAUUUUCUGUAAUUUAAUCUUGCUUAAUGGGGGAGGAUUCCUUGUUAGACUGAAGAACAAGACAAGCUUUUUGUUUGCUAUUUGAAUAGCAGCAAUAAAAUGUUUUAUUUUUGAUCAAUGAAAGGAUUAUAGAUUUAUAAAAGCCUUUUAGCCUUGAGGUGCCUUCUGAAAUUAACCAAAUCUCAUCCAUACAUCCUAUUUUGUAAAUUUAUAUAGAAUGUCAAAAUCUGCCUUCAACUGAGAGUUUAGAUCAGACUUCCUUUAAUUUCUACUCUCUUCCAUAUUACAAUAACAAUGAAUGCUGCUUUUCA